GGCUUUUAAAUUUGUGAGAGUUAUAACUAUAAAGGUCAGCUCUUCCAAGUACACACAAACGAACUCAUUUUCCAGUUGCAUUGUUAUUUUUUGCAAUUUACUCUUUCUGAUCUCUCUGUUUUAUCCGAUCAUUAAGAAAAGAAAAUGGCUUCAAGUUCAGAAAUUGAACGUGAUGCUCCGCCAUACAUAAGGUCAUAUAAAGAUGGAACCAUAGAAAGGCUGGUGGGCUUUGCCGUCGCGCCGGCCGGUUUAGACCCACAAACCGGCGUUACGUCGAAGGAUGUGGUAGCCAUUCCGGAAACCGGCGUGAUUGUCAGGCUCUACCGGCCAUCCAAUCUCGAAACCGGAACCGAAAAGCUUCCUUUGGUGGUUUAUUUCCACGGCGGAGCAUUUUGCAUCUCCUCUGCCUUUGACCCUUUCUACCACGGCAGCCUUAACCGGCUCGCAGCAGAGGCAAAAGCCAUUGUUGCCGGAGUUAACUUCAGGAAUGCGCCGGAGCAUCCACUUCCGACAGCUUAUGAAGAUUCAUGGGAUGUGCUCCAAUGGGUCGGUUCACAUAGUUCCGGUACCGGGUCGGAGGAUUGGCUGAAUGAAAACGUUGACUUCAGCAAAGUGUUCUUGUCAGGCGAUAGUGCUGGUGCUAAUAUUUCUCAUCAUCUGGCAAUCAGGGCUGGAAAAUCAGACCCGAAAUUUGGACUUGGGUUUAAAGGAAUCGUUAUGAUACAUCCAUAUUUCUGGGGAAAAGAACCAAUUGGAGUUGAGAUUACAGAUCCGGUGAGGAAAUCCAUGGUUGACAACUGGUGGUUAUUCGUUUGUCCGUCAGAUAAAGGCUGCGAUGAUCCUUUGAUUAAUCCGUUUCUUUAUGGGAUUGAAGAGGAACUUCCAUGGUUGGCUUGUGGGAGGAUUCUUAUAUUUGUUGCUGGAAAUGACAUUUUAGUGGAAAGAGGAAGAAAGUAUUCCGAGUACUUGGUACAGAGUCGUUGGCAGGGGAAAGCAGAGAUAGUGGAAACGCCAGGGGAGGAUCAUGAUUUCCAUAUAUUUGCUCCGGAUACUGAUAAUGCUCGCGGGUUGAUCAAGAAAUGGGCUUCUUUUGUUAACGAGGUUUAAGCAUAAGUCUGUAAAUAUAAUGCAGGGAUUCACAUCGUGUUUCAGAACUUUCAGAUGUUUUCCUUUUCAAUCUUUGGAGUUAUGGCGUGAAUAAUGUUGUGCUUGAACGAAUAGUUUGUGUAUUUUUCUCGGUGGUUCUUUGGCAAGAUUUAUUCCCAGUAGAAAUCGCUCUUGUAAAUACUCUCUCUCCGGUCUUGAAUAUAAGGUAUUUUGAUUUGUCCUAGGUUUAACCUAGUACACAUUUUUUAUCGACGAAAAAACCUUAAAAAUAUUUCAUAACAAUCAAG